AUGAUGUCUCCUUUUUUUUUCUUCUUGAUAAUAUAUGUUAUAUUUAGUAAAAAUAUAAUAGAAUGUACAAAUGAUGAAGUACCUCAAACAAAUGAUUUAGGUGAGAAAGAAGCUGCUAAAGCUGAGUUACAAAAUGAACCAACACCUGCAAAUGGACAAACUUUAGAACAAGAAGUUCAAUCUGCAACUCAACGUGAAGUUACAGCUGAACCUGAAGGUAAAAGUGAGAAUGGGGUAACUACAUCAGCGGUUGCAUCUCCAGCUGCACCUCAAGAUGCACCAUUAGAUUCUAGAGAAGCAAAUCCUAAUCAAGCAGAUCAUCAAAAUGGGGGUGCGGAUUUACCUGAAGAAGCACUCAAUGUUACAGUAAGAGGUGCAAAUGGGGAUGCAGGAACAAGUGGUGAUAGUGCAGCUGCUUUAAAAAAUGCAACUUCUGUAAAUAUGCCAAUUAAAUCUGCUUUAUUGAAAAAGAAUACAGGAGUAAAAGUAACUGGUAAAUGUGGUAAUUAUUUUCAGUUGAGUUUUGUUCCACAUAUGACACUUAAUUUUGAAACAGAUGAUGGAAAGAUAGAAUUAGAACAAAAAUUUGCAGCAUCUGAAAUAAUAAAUAUAAAUUUUACAAAGAAAUGUCAAAAUGAACAAACUUUUAAAUUUAUUGCAGUUAUCAAAGACGAUAUAUUAACUCUUAAAUGGGAAGUAACUGAUUCUACAGAACCAAAAAAAGAAAUGAAAAAAUAUAGGAUACCAAAAUUUGAGAAGCCAAUCACUUCAAUACAAGUACACACAGGAAAUUCAACUGCAAACAUAAUUGAAAGUAAAAAUUAUGCUAUAAAGAAUGCUAUUCCUGAAAAAUGUGAUGCAAUAACAACUGAAUGUUUUUUAAGUGGUAAUUUAGAUAUUGCAAAAUGUUUUCACUGUACUUUGUUAGCGAGAAAUACUGAUACUUCUAAUGAGUGUUUUAAUUAUGUUUCUCCUGAUAAUAAAGCAAAAUUUGAACAAUCUAUCAUAACUGAGUCAAGUGAUGAAGACUCUAAUGAAUUUAAACUUGAAGAAACUAUAGAUAAUAUAAUGAAAAAAAUUUAUAAGACAGAUCCAAUAAGUAAGAAAAAAGAAUUAAUAACAUUGGAAGAUUUUAACGAUGAAUUAAGAGAGGAAAUAAGGAAUUAUUGUGAUUUGUUAAAAGAAGUAGAUGUUAGUGGAACAUUAGAAAAUCAUGAAUUAGGUAAUGAAACAGAAGUAUUUAAUAAUUUAACCAGAUUGUUAAGGGCUCAUGAUGAACAAAGAGAUACUACAUUACCAAAUAAGUUAAAAAAUGCAGCAAUUUGUAUUAAAAAUGUAGAUGAAUGGAUUAUAAAUAAAAGAGGUUUAGUAUUACCAGAAGUAACAAAUGAAUAUUUUAAUAAUGUUAAAGAUAUGCCUGAAGUUGAAAAUGAGGAAGAAUAUGAAAAAAUUAUAAAUGUAACUGAAGAUAUGUAUGAAAAAGAUGAGAAUGAUAUUAUUGAUUUAACAAAAAAAGACAAAGAAGUAAAAUUGUUAUCUCCAUAUUUUAUACCUAAUAAAUAUUGUAAUGAUGAAUAUUGUGAUAGAUGGAAAGAUAACACAAGCUGUAUAUCAAAAAUUGAAGUAGAAGAACAAGGUCAUUGUGGAGUUUGCUGGGUUUUCGCAUCUAAAUUACACUUGGAAACAAUAAGAUGUAUGAGGGGAUAUGGUCAUUUUAGAAGUUCUGCAUUAUAUGUAGCUAAUUGUUCUAAAAGAAAAGCUAAAUAUAGAUGUAUUGUAGGUUCAAGUCCAAUAGAAUUUCUCCAAAUUAUUGAUGAAACAAAAUUUUUACCUCUUGAAUCUGAUCAUCCAUAUUCAUAUACAGAUGUAGGUAAAGAUUGUCCUCAACCAAAAAAAAAAUGGGUCAAUUUAUGGGGUAGUACGAAAUUGUUAGAAUACGUUAACUAUUCACAAUUUACAUAUUCUAAAGGAUAUAUUGCCUAUGAAAGUGCAAAAUAUACUAAUAUAGAUACAUUUAUAGGAAUAGUAAAACGUGAAAUUCAAAAUAAAGGUUCUGUUAUUGCAUAUAUAAAAGCAGAAAAUGUUUUCGGUUAUGAUCUGAAUGGAAAAGGAGUCCAUAGUUUAUGUGGUUAUAAACACCCUGAUCAUGCUGCUACUAUUAUAGGAUAUGGUAAAUAUAUAAAUAUUAAAGGAGAGAAAAGAUCUUAUUGGUUAGUUAGAAAUAGUUGGGGUUAUUAUUGGGGAGAUGAAGGAAACUUUAAAAUUGACAUGCAUGGACCAAGUACUUGUAAAUAUAAUUUCAUCCAUACAGCUCUUGUUUUCAAAGUUAAUUUAGGUAUGGUUGAAUUACCUGAUGAAAAGUCAGCUCCUAAUCCUUUUAAUUACUUCCUUAAAAACGGUCCUGAAUUUUAUCAUAGGCUUUAUUAUAAAAAUUUUAGUCCUUUGAAAUCUAAGAAUCUUUCUAAAAAAAAUGAGAAUAAUGAAGAAGAUCAAACCAACUUCACAAAUAAUGAGGAUAAUGGUAAUGAUAAGACAGAUUUAGGUGAAAAUCCUCAAAUAUAUGGUACAGAUAAUGAUGUGUUAACUGCUGAAGCUGCUGCAGUAGCUGCAGUUAGUCAGAAGGAAACUAUAAGACAUAUUUUAAAAGAUAUUAAAAAUAAGAGAAUAAAAUCAAGUCUAAUUUCCUAUGCUGAUGAAGACGAUAUAGGAAAAGAGCAUUCAUGUUCUAGAACAUACUCAAGUGAUCCAGCUAAGGAUGCCGAAUGUAAACAAUUCUGUGUUCAAAAUUUCGAUAAAUGUAAAUCUCAGUAUUCACCUGGUUAUUGUUUAACUAAGUUGAAAAAAACCGAUGAGUGUUUUUUCUGCGCUGUAUAA